AGCAGGGACUCACUGUGAGGGGAAACUUUUGUUACUAUGAAACUUAGGAAUAUUCGCAAAAUAUUGUAAAAAUUAUCAAAACCCCUCGUGAAUCAAUAACCUGCCCCUAGGGUUUGAGAUUUUUAGUUUAGUUUACCCGGAAAGGGCUUCUACACUCACUAUUCUUACACUUUUUCGAAAGAAUGUGUGAGACACGACAGUUAGCCAGCCUGCUAGCUAGCUAACUUAGCUAGCUGAGAGGUGAGGUGAUAGCGGCAGGAGAACAAAAGAUUUUUUUUUUGCGUGUAUUUUGGCCGGUUUGCACUGACAACCAAGUCCAUGCAGAACGUGUCAUCACCACCACAAUGCCCGUGUUACUUUUCCUGAUAGACACGUCCGCUUCAAUGAACCAGCGCACUCAUCUGGGCACUACCUAUCUGGACAUAGCAAAAGGCGCUGUUGAGACUUUUAUGAAGCUCAGAGGGAGAGAUCCGGCGAGCCGAGGGGACCGGUACAUGUUGGUAAAUUUUGAGGACGUUCCGCUCGGAAUAAAGGCUGGAUGGAAAGAGAGCCAUGCCACAUUCAUGACGGAGCUGAGGAACCUCCAGGCAACCGGGCUCACAACUAUUGGCCAGUCCUUGAGGACCGCUUUUGAUUUACUCAAUCUCAAUAGAUUAGUGACUGGGAUAGACAACUAUGGACAGGGCAGGAAUCCCUUUUUCCUUGAACCUUCCAUCAUAAUCGCCAUCACUGACGGCAACAAGCUGACGAGUAGCAGCGGAGUCCAAGACGAGCUGCACCUGCCCCUCACCACGCCCCUGCCCGGCAGUGAACUGACCAAGGAGCCCUUCCGCUGGGACCAGCGCCUGUUCGCCCUGGUACUGCGCAUCCCGGGCCACGCUUCAGUGGAGCCUGAACCCUUGGGGGGUGUCCCACCUGAUGAGUCGGCCAUCACCCCCAUGUGUGAAGUCACUGGAGGUCGCUCCUAUAGUGUGUUCUCCCAGCGAAUGUUGAACCAGUGUCUGGAGUCUCUGGUGCAGAAGAUCCAGAGUGGGGUGGUAAUCAACUUUGAGAAGACCGGGCCUGACCCCCCUCCUCUAGAGGAUUCUCCAGCUGAGGUGGUGAAGUCUGGUCCCCAGCCUUGGCACUGCUGUCACAAGCUCAUCUACGUACGGCCCAACCCAAAAACCGGUGUCCCCAUAGGACACUGGCCCAUCCCCGAGGCCUUCUGGCCAGACCAGAAUUCACCCACACUGCCCCCGCGCUCAGCUCACCCCCAUGUCCGGUUCUCCUGUCUGGACGCUGAGCCCAUGGUGAUAGACAAGGUGCCCUUCGACAAGUAUGAGCUGGAGCCAUCGCCUCUCACCCAGUACAUUUUGGAGAGGAAAUCUCCUCACACCUGCUGGCAGGUGUUUGUAUGUAACAGUGCCAAGUACAGUGAUUUGGGCCAGCCCUUUGGCUACCUGAAGGCCAGCACAGCCCUCAACUGUGUCAACCUGUUUGUCAUGCCCUACAACUACCCUGUGCUGCUGCCACUUCUGGAUGACUUAAUCAAAGUGCACAAGUUCAAGCCUACCAUCAAAUGGCGGCAGUCCUUUGAGAACUACUUGAAGACCAUGCCUCCAUAUUACAUUGGGUCUCUGAGGAAGGCUCUGAGGAUCAUGGGAGCGCCAAACCUACUAGCUGACAACAUGGAGUAUGGCCUGAGCUACAGCGUUGUCUCCUACCUCAAGAAGCUUAGCCAACAGUCCAAAAUAGAGUACGACCGUUUGAUUGCUUCAGUUGGGAAGAAGCCGCCACCAGAGGCAGGCAUCAAGGUGCGAUGGCGGGGUGUGGGCAGUAUAUCCCUGGCCCAGCGCCGGGACUUCACGCAGCUGCUGCAGAGUAUCACAGGAGAGGCUCCGGCUCUGCCCAUGGAGCUCAGCCCCAAGGAGUUCCAAGGCUUCCACCUGACACUGCUCAACAAGAGCCUGAAGCCACAGAGCCUCAGGAAUCCGUACGACAUCCCACGCAGUCACCUGCUGGACCAGCUCAGCCGCAUGAGGCGGAACCUGAUAAACACCAGCGUCUGUACACUGAGAGGACAGGACCCAGACCAGCUCCACAGCGUGCCAAUAGCCCAAAUGGGCAACUACCAGGACUUCCUCAAAGCUGCUCCCCAGCCUCUCCGAGAUGCAGAUCCCGAGCAGCCAAAACGGUUGCAUACAUUUGGCAACCCCUUCAAACUGGACAAGAAGGGGAUGAUGAUUGACGAGGCAGAUGAGUUUGUGACCGGACCUCAGAACAAGGGCAAGAGACCAGGGGAGAGCAACAACAUGCAGGGCGGAGGGCCCAAGAGACGCCGCUGCAUGUCCCCUCUACUGCGCCUGGGCAGGGCCUACACUCCCCCAGUCAGUCCCUGUGCCAGCCCUCGGUCCACAGCUGAUAUGGAGAACAACGAUGGAGCACCAGAACCAGACCUAAUCAUCAACCACCUGAAUCAGAACCACUACAGUCCAGAUCGGACCUCUGACUCAGAGCCAGGUCACCCCUCAGGGCCCCUGGACCACCAGGAGAACCACAUGGCCGACGAGACCCAGGACCACCGGCACAGGGAUGAGGAGGAGAACAGCCGAUCACAGGACGGCGAGCUGCAGCCUUGUAGCGAGGGAGGAGCAGAGAGAGUCUCAUCGGAUGACCGACCACCACGUUACCUAUCACCUGUGUCUCUGAAGAAGAAGAUCUACUCUGAGACUCUGGAGAUCAACAACCAGCUGAGGGCGCUCAUCACCAAGGAAAUCAGGAAACCUGGCAGACACUAUGAGAAGAUCUUCCAUUUCCUGAAGCAGAUCCAGGGCAAUCUGGAGACUCGGCUCAUCUUCCUCCAGAACAUCAUCAAAGAGGCAGCAAGGUUCAAGAAGCGCGUUCUCAUUGAGCAGCUAGAAAAUUUUCUAGAAGAGAUCCACAACAGAUCUAAUAACAUGAACCACCUGGACACACUCUGAGACGAACUCAUUCCCAGACAGAACUUGCUCUUAUGUAUCCGACAACCCUCCAUCCCUCUGCCCUCUGUCCCCUUCUACCAGGCCCAGUGGAGACAAGACAAGAUGGCAUCCAGUUUUCAAACCAUCACUUCCUCCAGUGGACCCUCAGUCUCUUAGGUGUCCCAGUGUCAGUGAUAGCUGGAUUGGCUGACCUCAAUGAUGCUCUUGCAUUCGUCAAAUAUGCAUAAAGGGGAGUUAAAGAUAAUUUUAUUGUUACAGGUGAAAAUUGAUGAAAGUGUUUGUAAACAUGUACGCUGGCAUAUGCAAUGAAAUUGUUGGCCCAUACAUGUCUGUGGUUGCAUUCCAUUCCAUGAAACUGUCCUGCAUGCACUCUUGAUCGUUUCCCUCUCUGAUCCGACUCUUUGGCUAGAGUGAAAUUCCUUUAUGAAAGAAGUGGAGUAAAAGAGGGGGUGCAGGACUUUUCUGGAGUGAAAUCACAGCCUGUACUUGGAUGUGAUGUGUAGUCAUGUCCCUAUCUGUGAUGGUAUGACAGACUGAUAUUGUGACAGGGUUCAGGUUGUGUGUGGGUUUUCACCAAACUCAGGGUCAAAGUACGAUCCAGUGAUGUUGUGAAGUGUCAUUCUUGAAAGUAUUAGUUUUUUCUCAUUCUUUUUCGUUCACACACUUCUUAUUUUCCUUUAUGCUUGGUCUGAAAUGACCUUUUUGGCAUUUUGUUUCGAGGGAAGUUGGUAGUCUUGAUGCACUUUUUAGUGUCCGUGUUAUCAUUUUGUUUGGCUAAUGGAAUUGGGUUACCUCUUUUACCACUCCAUUAAUAGCAAAGCACUCCACAGCUGUGUCAACAAAUGGGCACAGUUUGGCCACAGCUCUUCAAUUUGUUGACUUAUGGGUCCCUACCUGGCUGAAAAUGAAGAUUAUUCAAUACUAAAAAUUGAAUUUGCCAUGUUAGCACAGGGCAUACUUUUUGUGUGGGGGGUGGGGUCUCCAUGACUCAUGUCUGGAAAGAGUUUCAUUAAGUAGUCUUUUAUGACUGGUCUUUAGCAAUACAGGUUUUCAGCAAGACUCAAAGAAAGAAAACAAUGUCUUUUUGAAUGAUGCGACAUGUUGGAACAAAUGUUUAAGUACAGGGACAAUUGCUCAGGAACUGACACUAAUGCAUUACAGUUAGCAAUAACAUUGGCGCUACUUACACCCCAUACUUUUAUUUUAAUCUGAACUGUUGAUAUGCAAUGGCAAAAUGUUCUCCCCUGGAGUGUUGAUGAACUGAGGUCUUGGAAGCCAGCUUGUCCUGUGUGCUGGUAGCUGCCAAAUAUUUAACGCACCCCUAACUCCUUUUUCCACUAUGAAUUUCAAACCAACUCCUUGACGCUUACCGUGAAUGCACUUGUGUAAAUUUGAGAAUAGUUAUUUAAUGUACUUUUUAAAAAAAAAAAAAAUACUUUUUUCCAGAACAAAUUUCAACCAUUACUGUUUUGGUUGAGCCUGUUCAUUCUUCUCAAAUCUACACAAACGAUUUGAGUGAGGUCUAGGGCAAGGGUUGAUUUGUGAUUCAGGGGGCAGCCCUCUUCCGUUCCCUCCCUCCUUGGACAGGGACCAAAAUCUGCCAUACUCGUCUUUGUUUGUGAAGAGGUCGCUACCAAAAGAGAGUAUUUUGAAUACACUGUAAAGAUGUAAAUAACCCCAGAGUACUAUUUAAAGAGAAUGUUCAGUGGAAAUGGCCUUUUUGUAAGUAUUUCCAUGAAUAAAGUUUCUAUUUUACACUGUGAAGGGCCAUGUAAAUAAAGUGUUGCAUUGUUCUGUAAAGA